CUUCGAGGCGGCACCGGCGGAGCCGCCGCGCGCGGAGCUCCAGCCAUGGGCUCGGGGCGCGUGCCCGGGCUCUGCCUCCUCGUCCUACUGGUCCACGCCCGCGCCGCCCAGCACAGCAGAGCUGCGCAAGAUGUGGAUGAGUGUGUGGAGGGGACUGACAACUGCCACAUCGAUGCUAUCUGCCAGAACACCCCUCGGUCAUACAAGUGCAUCUGCAAGUCGGGCUACACAGGGGAUGGCAAACACUGCAAAGAUGUGGAUGAGUGUGAGCGAGAGGACAGUGCAGGCUGUGUGCAUGACUGUGUCAACAUCCCUGGUAACUACCGAUGCACCUGCUAUGAUGGAUUCCACCUGGCACACGAUGGGCACAACUGUUUGGAUGUGGAUGAAUGCGCCGAGGGCAACGGCGGCUGUCAGCAGAGUUGUGUCAAUAUGAUGGGCAGUUACGAGUGCCACUGCCGAGAAGGGUUCUUCCUCAGCGACAACCAGCACACCUGUAUCCAGCGGCCAGAAGAAGGAAUGAACUGCAUGAACAAGAACCAUGGCUGUGCUCACAUUUGCCGGGAGACCCCCAAAGGGGGUAUUGCCUGUGAAUGCCGCCCUGGCUUCGAGCUCACCAAGAACCAGCGGGACUGUAAAUUGACAUGCAACUAUGGUAACGGUGGCUGCCAGCACACGUGCGACGACACAGAGCAGGGUCCCCGCUGUGGCUGCCACGUCAAGUUUGUGCUCCACACCGACGGGAAGACGUGCAUCGGGGAAAGGCGGCUAGAGCAGCACAUCCCCACUCAGGCCGUUUCUAAUGAGACCUGUGCUGUCAACAACGGGGGCUGCGACAGUAAGUGCCACGAUGCGGCAGCGGGCGUCCACUGCAGCUGCCCCGUGGGGUUCAUGCUGCAGCCCGACAGGAAGACCUGCAAAGACAUAGACGAGUGCCGCCUGAACAAUGGGGGCUGUGACCACAUUUGCAGGAACACAGUGGGCAGCUUCGAAUGCAGCUGCAAGAAAGGCUAUAAGCUUCUCAUCAAUGAGAGGAACUGCCAGGAUAUUGACGAGUGUUCCUUUGACCGGACCUGUGACCACAUGUGUGUCAACACCCCAGGAAGCUUCCAGUGCCUCUGCCAUCGUGGUUACCUGCUAUAUGGUGUCACCCACUGUGGGGAUGUGGACGAAUGCAGCAUCAACCGGGGAGGCUGCCGCUUUGGCUGCAUCAACACUCCUGGCAGCUACCAAUGUACCUGCCCCUCGGGCCAGGGCCGGCUGCACUGGAACGGCAAGGACUGCACAGAGCCAGUGAAGUGUCCGGGCAACCCUGGUGCCUCCAAAGCCAUGCUCAGCUGCAGCCGGUCUGGCAAGAAGGACACCUGUUCCCUGACCUGCCCCUCCCGGGCCCGGUUUUCGCCAGAGUCCGAGAAUGGCUUCACGGUGAGCUGUGGCAGCCCCAGCCCUCGGGCCACCGCCCGGGCCGGCCACCCUGGGAACAGCACCAGCUCCAGCCAGUGCCAUGAGGCUGCAGCGCUGUCGGUUAAGCAGCGAGCCUCCUUCAAGGUCAAGGAUGCCAAGUGCCGUUUGCACCUGCGGAACAAAGGCAAACUGGAGGAGGCCAGCAGAACCCCAGGGCCAGGUGCUGCCCCCUGCUCUGACUGCCAGGUCACCUUCAUCCACCUCAAGUGUGACUCCUCUCGGAAGGGCAAGGGCCGGCGGGCCCGGACCCCUCCAGGCAAGGAGGUCACCCGGCUCUCCCUGGAACUGGAAGCAGAGGUCAGAGCUGAAGAAACGACAGCGGGUUGUGGGCUGCCCUGCCUACGACAGAGGAUGGAACGGCGACUCAAAGGGUCCCUGAAGAUGCUCAGAAAGUCCAUCAACCAAGACCGCUUCCUGCUGCGCCUGGCCGGCCUUGACUAUGAGCUGGCCCACAAGCCGGGCCUGGGAGCUGGGGAGCGAGCAGAGCUAGUGGAGGUCUGCAGGCCCGGGCAGCACCGUGCUGGGGCCAAGUGUGUCAGCUGCCCGCAGGGAACGUAUUACCACGGCCAGACGGAGCAGUGUGUGCCAUGCCCAGCGGGCACCUUCCAGGAGAGAGAAGGGCAGCUCUCCUGCGACCUUUGCCCUGGGAGUGAUGCCCACGGGCCUCUUGGAGCCACCAACGUCACCACAUGUGCAGGUCAGUGCCCACCUGGUCAACACUCCGUAGAUGGGUUUAAGCCCUGCCAGCCAUGCCCACGUGGCACCUAUCAACCCGAAGCAGGACGGACCCUGUGCUUCCCGUGUGGUGGGGGCCUCACUACCAAGCAAGAGGGGGCCAUCUCCUUCCAAGACUGUGACACCAAAGUCCAGUGCUCCCCGGGGCACUACUACAACACCAGCAUCCAUCGCUGUAUCCGCUGUGCCAUGGGCUCCUAUCAGCCUGACUUCCGUCAGAACUUCUGUACCCGCUGUCCAGGAAAUACCAGCACUGACUUUGAUGGCUCCACCAGUGUGGCCCAGUGCAAGAAUCGUCAGUGUGGUGGGGAGCUAGGUGAGUUCACUGGCUACAUCGAGUCCCCGAACUACCCGGGCAACUACCCAGCUGGCGUGGAGUGCAUCUGGAACAUCAAUCCCCCACCCAAGCGCAAGAUCCUUAUCGUGGUACCCGAGAUCUUCCUGCCAUCUGAGGACGAGUGUGGGGACGUCCUCGUCAUGAGAAAGAACUCCUCCCCAUCUUCCAUUACCACUUACGAGACCUGCCAGACCUAUGAGCGCCCGAUUGCUUUCACGGCGCGGUCCAGGAAGCUCUGGAUCAAUUUCAAGACAAGUGAGGCCAACAGCGCCCGCGGCUUCCAGAUUCCCUAUGUUACCUAUGAUGAGGACUAUGAGCAGCUGGUAGAAGACAUCGUUCGGGAUGGCCGGCUCUAUGCCUCUGAAAACCACCAGGAGAUCUUAAAGGACAAGAAGCUCAUCAAGGCCUUCUUUGAAGUGCUGGCCCAUCCCCAGAACUACUUCAAGUACACAGAGAAGCACAAGGAAAUGCUACCAAAGUCCUUCAUCAAGCUGCUCCGCUCCAAAGUGUCCAGCUUCCUGAGGCCCUACAAAUAGUGCCCCUGGGCUCAGAGACCCAGCUUCUGGAGCCCGGAGACUCCUUAGUCCUCAGAGCUGGCAGCCCCUACCCUCCGACAAGGAACGAGUCCUGUCUUUCUUUUUGGAGGAAAGAUAUCACUACACAGACCAGGCACUCUCCCUUUCUAUCUUUCUAGUUUUCUUGUUUCUCUGUUUUUUUGGUCUCUCCUCCUGAUUUCCUAGAUGCCCCCCAGAAAAGCCAUUCUGUGCUGGCUCCCCUCCCCGAGGGUGAAGGGCAGCACUGGCCCCCCCCCCGCCCAUCUCACCAGCUCACACGCCUGCCCCAUCCAUUGGAAAGGCUACUCAAGGCCCACGUAGGAAGUGGGUCCACUAGAGAAUGGGGAAGGGGAGGAGGGACUUCUGCCAUUGUAGGGUUGUGCCUUGCUAGUGAGGAGCCAAAAGGUCCCCUGGCUGUGCUCCCCAGGGUGACUCUUAACAGUCCAGGGUUCUGCCAAAGAAGCCUUUGACUUCUGGCUCAAUGCCACCACUGGUCUGCUGGGGCACGUGGUUUGAGCCCUGGGCUGCCCACUCAGCUGGCUUCCUUAGCUAUACAGCUCCUCUCUGUCCAACCCCACACGUCUGCCUGGGGUAGACUCCAUAAGGGUUUACAGAUGGCCCACACCACUGGGCUAGUGGACACCUCUGAAUGAGGAAAAGCAGCAAGCAUUACUGUGCAUCGCGAUGGCUCCCUGAGACUAUAGCUCUGCAGGACAGAAAACAGGUUUUAAAGCAUUGCCAAAAAAGAAAAAAAGAAAGAAAAGGAAAUGUAUCAUCUGAAGGACUAAACGACAGAACAAUUGGAAGCCAGCCUCAAACAGGAAUCCCUCUUCUUACUUGUCCCCCCAGGCCCAGCCACGCCCUCACCCCGCCCUAUGCUCCCUGGGGGAGCCCUACUCCCUUGCUAAGUGUUGCCCUUAGAAGCCUGGCUACUGACUGCAGCCAGCCUGGGCCUUAGCCCUCAGUCACCUGUCCCUUGUUGUGCUAGGUGGCUUGUGGGUGCCACCAAAGAGGACCCUGCUCUGCAGCUAGCCUGGAGCCACCUACCUCUGGCCUCCGGCUGUGGGCAGCAAGAGGAAUGUGUGCACUUGGCGAGCCUCCUGCCCACCCCGUCCACAUCUAAUAAGUGCAAUCAUUUUGAGUCUUUCUAUGUUGUCUAGAGGGAGAGGUUUUUGUUUUUGUUUCCUUUUUCUCUGUUAGAACAACCCUAUUUAUAGCUGUCCAAGAGAGAAGAGUGUAUGUAUGGAAUGGAAGAAUAUCAGUUCUGAAUCUCAUGAACCUUGAGCGCUGGAGCAUCUGAUCUGUUUCAUCUGUGGCCACUCAGACCUCUAGGGCCCUCGGCUGGGCCAACCCAGGGCUCCAGCUCAGAGGCAUCUGAUGUGUGGGACAGGGAUUCUGGGGACUUGAUGGAGCAGGAAGGAGAGGGAUGUGUUUUCAAAACCAAUCCUGCUGUUGCUUUGCCUCUCCACGGAUUCAGCAUGAACCUCAUGACUACGGAGGCUGAUGAACUUGAUCAGUGAUUCUCCACUCCAAGAAGGGAAAACCUCCACCUUUUCCCUGUCUUCAUCACAUUUUCCCCAGUGUGCACAUGGAAGGAGACUGGGACAGAUCCCCAGUGAUGGGCUGACUCAGACUCCUGAGGCCACAGACACGGCUGCAGGAGCCACGAGUAGGACAGUUGCCCAGGCACGAAGCUGAAAAGGGACCAGAUGUUUGCCUGGCAUUGGCCAGUUCCCCUUACAGUUGGCUUCAAAGGAAGAAGAAUCAAGUCCAAACCUAAAUCCUGCAUACACUCCACCCUAAUCCAAUUGCCGCCUGUAAAUUUCUUUUCCAUUUGCUCCUUCUAGUUCCCUAGAGCUGUAGUCCUGCUCAAAGGCUAUCAGCUGACUCCUCAGGUCCAGAUUUAGGUGACUCUCCCAGACUACUGUUCUCCCAGGAGAUUCAACACUAAAUAAAGGAACCUGGAACCACCUCUGGCCUUAGGCUGUGGACAACAGCCUUGGUCAAUAACAUUCACCAGCCAAAACGAGCCUUAGCAGUGGGUAGUAGAUGGCACAGUUAGAUGCUCUGACAUCUGGGGAUGGAGAGUAUGCUAUCAUUGUCUCCCUUGGUCAAAGAGGGACACCAUAAAGAUGUUAAAUAGCUGUACCCAAGCAAGGGAAAUGAUCACUUCAUAGGAGCCUUUGCACUUCCCAGGAAGUGCCACGAAAACUGCUUAAAUCAACUCUGAUCAUCCUAAUUUCUUACCUGAAA